AUGAACUUUGGCGCCUGUCCUGCUGGCAUCGAGGAUGACGAGGUUGUAGCGUCAUUCAACGUUUACGCUUCGGCGGCGCUUGUAAACCAGGCUCAUAUUUUUCAGUACCCCCUACGUCGCAGGCAGCGACCGUACGAGGCGACAGAAAUCAAGGUAUUCAGUACAAGCGGAACAGUAGCUGAAGAAAGUGAGGCCCUGCUGGCACACGGAAAGGGCUCGUCGGUACUCCAACCAGGCUCGCGCCUCACAAUGAAGUGUUCUCUGGAUACGUUUGGCUCCCCUUCAUUGCGACCAUUGCCGGAGUCCGCACCGGAUAUGCUGGGUCAGAUGGAGCUUCAGCGACACCACACCUUCAACUACACGUUGCAGUCGCAACCCUUUUUGCCGCAGUCGAAUUAUGUACUUGGUUACAUCACCCCAGAGGGGAUUCACCUCACCCCGGUUUCGACGAUUCAGCAAUUCACUCCGGCAUUGAGCAUUCCAGAGUCAUCCGCCGGUGCUGUCCGCGUCACCGAAGCGUUUUGCAGCCAGGUAAACUCCACGGCAAUGCCUGGGUUUGCGGCGGCAGAUCGCAUUCAGCGUGAGCUUCGACGCCAACGCAGCCGUGUCUUGAACGAGGAAGCAGACACUGCGCAAGAGAUACAGUUUUUCCGUGAUGACUCUGUGGAGAGCUCGGCAAUGCGGUCUCGGCUGCGUUCGUCGACUCUCGAAAGAAUUACUGGUAGUCCAAACGCGGCGUCGGAGCCGGCCAAAGUGGAAAACAGCCUCUUUCCUCCUGAGAUUCUUCAAUCUGGAGGUAUUUCCGGUGGCGAUGAGGCGCAUCCAUCGAUGAUUAUUCACCGCUUUGCAAACCGAAAAUCUGUUGCUGAGCAGACCAAUCAACUGCUUCAGCGCUGCCACAUUCUCACGCUCCGGUUACUUCAGAACAUCGUGGUGCCCUACACAUCGAAUGAGGUGGUGAAGACGAUGUCGACUGUGCCGGAGGCGCAGCUGGUCGAGGCGCUGAAGUCGUGUGCUGUGUGGCUCCAUGGUGUGUGGGUUAGUCGGUACUGUGAUCAGUUCCGCGGAUCAGUCGCGGCGCUGCGCGAGGUGAUUUUGGCUCGUUUUUACCAAAGCGAGGAUGGUAGCGUGGCGCGGGCAGACUUUAAUGCCUUGAUCACAACAUCCGCCGCACGGCGCUCGAUCAAGGAAAUCCUCGCAACAGUGGCGGUGCUGAACACAGAAGAGCCCGAUCCAUCCAAGCGGCGCUGGCGACUCAAGUACGUCCCCGAAGAUCGCGCCACGCGAGAGGCGAAUCUACGUGAUUUCAAAACUAAUUUUGCGGCUGAAGAAGCCAGCCAACACGAGGCGUGGCGUCGCCGCUGCACGCAGGUAAUGGCACAUAUCCCUUACAUCAAUGCAGGGCGACCUGUGCCGCAGCUGUGUCUCCGUCCGCGCGGCACACCACCUACGACUGGCACAGCGGCAUGUGCGACAUUCCCGUAUGGUAGUGCAAAUACAGCGCCGUCCAUCGCCUCUUCGGUGGGUCCCAUGGCGAGCGGCCUCUCUGGAAGCGGCAUGAACGCAUCCGCCUCACCUUUUAGCUCCCCCGCUUCGGUUGCUGAUUUGGGCUUCAGGGAUGCUGAUAUUGCGCCGAUUCGGCAUUACAUCCGCGAGCUGUUUGCGGAGCAUGGCGUCAUUAACAAACAGCGGGUGAAAGAUCUCGUGAUCAAGGCACAGGAAGCCCGCUACCCACAUGCGACUAAGGCAAUGCUAAGCACGGCGCUGCAGCAGUGUCUCGACAAGUUCACGGAUGCCACGUGGAUCCUCAAGUCCGCCGGGGAGCCCAUCGUGGACUACUACCGGCCGGCCAUUCUCUACGUGGUGCUGGAGCUGCGCCAGUUUGAGAUGGCGGCGCUCAUGAAGCGGCUGGAGGAGGUGGUGCGGGCGCGUGGCUUGACGUCUCCGCCGGAAUCUGCCGCACUGCGGGGCCGCACUGGUGGUGCAUCCGGCACAUUGGAGGCUGUGGUGCAGCGCGUUGUGGCCGAGGUGGCGGAGUUCAAGGCAGGCGGCCGACUCUGGCACAUCAAGGGUGGCAAUUUGAUGAAUGAGUAG